CUGCAGAUGCUGGCGUCUCUCGCCGAGCGCGACGGGGAAGAGGAGACCGCCAAGAAGUACCUAUCCAAGAUCGACGCGCUCACUGAGAAGGCGAGACCAGCUCCCAAACCCUUGCAGGACCAAGUGUCGGAGCUCCACCGAGAGAUCACGAAGUUGGGCAGCAAGAUGGAAGCUGAGCUGGCAAAGUACAAUCGGUGGGUGGAGGGCGUUCGCAAGCAAGAGGCGCACCUGCGCGACCUGUCGCAGAAGUCCAAAGCGCUCAUCGGGCAGCAUCGUACAUUGGUGGCGAAGCCCCACAGGGAGGUGGCCCCCAUUGUCAUCGAGGCCGACUCGGAGCCUGCGCCUGGGCCUGCGCUGUCGCUGCGAGACCUCGCGGCGGGCAAAGUGGCGGACAUCACCAUCGACGACGGCGGCCUCUUCAGCGACUUCCCAGGUGAAUUCGAGCUGGAGCCGGCUGACAUCGACGAGGUUGAGAAGCGCCGCGCCAAGUUCAAGGAGCACAUCGCCGCAGCCGCCAAGCAGCUCUUCCAGGACGCUGUCGUGAAGGCGGAGGCGGUCAAGGCGGAGCAUGAGCAGUACCUCAAGCGCAUCGUUGGCAAAC